AUGUCUCAUCUACAAGCAUCAAAGCUCUUUUCGGUUAAAGACCGGGUUGUCGUGAUCACCGGAGGUGGUAGCGGCCUUGGUCGCAUUAUGACAAAAGCCCUCGACGCCAAUGAAGUCUCCAAGAUCUUCAUCCUGGGCCGACGUGAAGAUGCUCUCCAGGAAACAAUCUCGCAAACGAUCAAUGGGUCCGUAAUCCCAAUUAAAUGCGACAUCACCUCCAAAGACUCCCUCGAGGAAGCCUUUAAAGCAGUUGCAGCCCAGACCACCCACGUCGACCUUUUGAUCGCCAACAGUGGUAUCAUGGGCCCCUUGAUGAAACCCCCACAGCCCGCAGCAGAUGGCUCCCUUCCACCUCUCUCCCAGGUCCGUGACGAACUGUUCAAUGUUCCCAUGGAUGAAUUCAAUAAGGUGUUGAAUGUGAAUGUGACGGGGUCAUAUUACACAGUUCUGGCAUUCCUGCCCCUCCUCGAGGCAGCUAACAAGCGCCGACCUGCCCCGCAGGCUGGCGUUGUGGGAGCACCGACUGCGCAGGUGAUUAUCACGAGUUCUAUUGCCGGCUACGCACGCAAGGUGCCAUUCAGCUUUGCCUACAAUGCAUCCAAGUCGGCAACUACCCAGCUGGUGAAAAUGCUUUCAACUUCGUUUGCUUAUUAUAGCAUUCGUGUCAAUGGUAUCUCGCCGGGUCUUUAUUACUCUGAGAUGGCGAACCAUGUUUUCAAGGAUAAUGGUAUCUCUGGUCAGGCUAUUGAAGAUGGCUCCUUCCCACGCGAGAUGAUCCCUGCUACGAGAGGUGGGAGCGAGGAGGAUAUGGCUGGGCUGAUUGUUUGGUUGGCCAGCAACUCCGGUGGUUAUAUCAAUGGUAACAUUUUGGUUACUGAUGGUGGUCGUCUCUCUGUUGUCCCAGCUUCUUACUAA